AUGGACCAGCAACUCCGUGAGAUCGAGGGACUGCUGGAAACAAGUGCACAUCCAGUAUCUGAAGACGCUGCCACCAAAAUUAAAAAGUAUGUCAAGCUUGUGCUUCCACACGUUGCUCUUGUUGCCGUUGUUUGUUUAUACGCAGUGAUUGGAGCAUACAUUUUCUAUCGGUUGGAGUCACCAAACGAAGACAGAUUGAAAUCCGUUGGCAAAGCGCUGAUUACCGAUAUGAGGGGAAAUUUGGUAGCGAUGAUUAGAACGGGUCGAGGCAGCCGAGAAGAAUGGCGAGACUCGAUUGAGGGUGAACUAUAUCGAUUCAACGACAAGAUCUAUAGGGCAUUCAAGGAGCAGUACGUAAGGUAUGCUGACGUACGAGUAACUCCUUCUUAUCAAUGGUCGAUGAGGAAAGAGGACGGAGACAGAUCGAAGAGACAUAGGAAUACCAAACUGCGUGGUGAGAAAGGCGAGAAGAUGUGGACGGCUAGUAGUGCACUCUUCUUUGCAGCAACCACAAUGGCGACAAUUGGAUAUGGUAACAUCGUCCCUGCAACUUCUUCCGGUCGCAUAGCGUGUGUGGUAUUUGCGCUAUUCGGCGCACCACUUGCCAUCAUCACAAUUGGAGAUCUGGGAAAAUUCCUCUCCGAAUGCACCAUUUGGCUGUAUAAAGAAAUGAAGAAAGUGAGGGCGCUACUACGAGCCCGAUGGCGCCGAUUUCGAGGACUGAGCAAAGAGAACGACGCCGAAUCGCAGUCAUCCAGUGCGCACACGCUUGACUGGGAGGAUUUGGUGAUGGAUAAGACCGAAGUGCCUGUCUUUAUGGUCUUCACAAUAUUGCUGCUCUACAUUGCAUUUGGUGGAAUUCUGUUCUCGUUCCUCGAAGGUUGGACAUAUAUGGAUGCAUUCUAUUAUUCGUUCAUCUCUUUGACCACCAUAGGAUUCGGUGAUAUUGUACCCGAAAACCAUGACUACAUUGUGCUAAUGCUCGCCUACCUCGGUAUCGGUUUGGCCGUUACCACCAUGUGCAUCGAUCUUGUCGGCAUACAGUACAUCCAGAAGAUUCACUACUUUGGAAGAAAAUUCCGCGGUACUGAUCUACUACAUUUGUUAAAGCGAAAGCGAAUGAUCGAACGGCGAUUGGCAAUGGGACAAGGCGAAGAGAUUUUGCAGAUGUACAUUCAGCAAAUGCAAAACCAGUUGCCGGAUCCUGUUGUUGUCGAGCAACAAUGGGAAGAAGACAAAGCAUCAAGCCAUUUGGAAUGGCAAAUUGAUGACGCCUUGGUAAAUAGCCAGUAUAGUUAUGAUUAUCCGCUAGCAAUUCAUGUGCCUUCUCCAAGUGUACUUUCUAUUAGGAGUUAUCAUCCGCCCAGCGUAUACACUAGUUCAUCUGCCUCGGCAAGAUCACUCAUGCUCAAACAAUAUCGAAGUUCACGUGGUGAGUCGUGGGACGAAUCGGGUCCGUCCAUCUCCGAACAUUGCUCAUUGUCCACAGAACCAUCAGUUCAUAUCAGACAGGCUUACUGGGACAACUAUCAUUCUCCAAAUCCUUCACUUUCGUCGUUCGAAUACGAAGUUCCUUUGCCAAGUCCGGAUUAUGAGGGAAUCGCGCUCUCAGCUCGUCGUUCGCGAAGAUUACGUUCAUGUCCAUCCAACGUGACGAUACCAACGUCGCAGUCUGUAAGAAAUCGCAGUCUUCCGGACUCUGCUCGUCAGCAGCCCGACCUUUGCACGCCGCACGAUCCGCUUUUGUUAUCUCCCCCGCUUUCAUUUCGUAUUUCGGAACCUUUCAUGCUUUCUAAGCUUGCUGUUCUGUGCGAUUCGCCCCCGCCAGAUGUUCCAGUUGCUUUCGAAUCUCCGCCUGUACCCCUGUCCUCCUCUUACAAGACAGUGCAGCCGUUGGAGCUGUCCUAUCCCCACUGUUCAGUUCCCAGGAUUGUAAACGAGGUUGCGGUGCAUGGCAUACCUCGAUUGCAGCUGAGCGAUUCUUAUCCUUCGCCUUCGCCGAGGUCGUAUAACUCGACAUCGCGUUUCCGCUCGCCACUCUACACCAUAAGCGAGCGAAGGCAGUCACAUCUAGAAGAAUCCGAAGAUCCAGCGCCGCUGAUGAAACGCAAGAAGCAAAGACGAGAAGCCAAGAAGAACAAUCCGUUGCAUGAAGUUGACUGGUUGAACGUCAGUCCCCGGGUAUUACAGCUCGUCAAGGAAGACUUGCCAAAGCUGUUCGAGCAUGUGCGUAGCGGUUCAUCCAGCUCUUCCUCUAUAGUGCUUGUUAGCCCACGUACUCCCAUUGGACUAGCAUGCAUGGAAGAUUGGGAUUCUUACAUAAGAAUGCUUGAAGAGUAUAGCAAACCAUACGAACGCCUGGUCUACGAGCCGAUCACGUUGGAGACAAUGAAGACCUCAUCAGGAGACGUAGCGACGUCGCAACCGACUGCGGCGGCGACACCGUUAACGACAAAACCCAAAAUGGUUCCCACGAAGACUUCCGUACAGAAGUUGCAUUCUGCGGCAAUUAUUGCGCCAGCGGCCGGUGUUGCUGUGCGCAAACCAACUGAACUCAGUGUGACUAUGCUUCCGCCCGUGGCUCGCCCACCUCCACCAUCAUCACCUACUCCUCCACCAAAGGAUCCGACACCUCCUCCAGUGCCGACAACACUACAUAUUCCAUCAUCACCACCCCCAUCGCCAACUCCACCACAGUUACCCACCCCAGUGACACCAACCGCAUCUGCUCCAUGUCCGGAAGCGGUGCCUUGCACAUCCGGAAUCUCGACUCCUCCUCGAGAGCCUAGCCCUCCUCGAAUUCAUCUACCGACGAAGGUCCCAAUGCCAAGGAUGGCAGCGCCGAUUUUCGUGGAUGUACAAAGCGAGAUAGAGGUGCUUCCCGAAGAACACGAAUAUGUACCGGAGCAAAGUGGAACCAUGAGCACUUCAAGACCUGCCGUCGAAGAUUCGUCCUCCGAGGACGAAAAUGAUGGCAAUCACGACCUGGACUUGGGAGCUUUUGAGCUUGUUGACUCUGGCAUGACUGCCGAGUCAUUGCUCUCUACAGAGGAUCCCGUUAUCUUCCACAAAGAUCUUCCUGUUCAUUCUGUUCAUCACGAUACCGUGCAGACAGAAGCAGCUCUGGCUAACCUUAUGUCGGCUCCGUCAAGUAUGCUUACGGGAGCAAUACCUCCCACAAUGGUGGAAGACAAUUACUGCUUCGUUGUUGAUGGCGAGCGUGUUCGGAUGGGUGAUAUACUUGGUGAUGAUCAGUGGUGGCGGCAUACGUCACGACCAACCAAGUACUUCUACUCCGAGGACCUGAGGCAAUUCCAUCGUGUAAACUGCAUUGCCGUAAAAGGAAAGGUCAUCACGGCUAAAUUAGCUACCGGCGCAGUGCAGGUACAAGCGACAGCUUCGGCAGCAGCCGCUUCGUCCACCUCGACGCCGCGAUCUUCGGUGAGCGGAGCAUCAGCGCGAUCGCACAAUCGCGAUAACAAGGUUCCGCUGAGCCACGUCUACAAAGUGAUCCGCUUUUACUCCUUUUGGAAGACGUGCACAUCAUUCCAUCGCAUUGUGACGAUGAUCGACCGGGUCACUGAUGACCGGAACGUGAACCCGGAUUUCAAGAAGCGUCUUUUUGUCCAGUACUUGUGGCGAAACGCGAAGCCUGUGGAAAAGGCGAGGGUUCAAAAGGAGUUUGAUCCUCGACGGCAACGGCUUCUGCGAUUUGUCACCGAACCGGGCUCUAGGAAGAGAUUCGUAGAAGACGAUUCGUGCAUGUUUGCCGUAAUUCUCGAAGACGGAAAUGCUCCCAUCAUGCGCGCUCCGCUGUUAAGAAUGUCAAACUUCGACCGAGACGAAUCAGAAGAUUCUACUAUCGAUUUUCCUAUAGAAGUGAAUGCGAGUCCUGUAAGGCUAGGAAAAGAAGAUGACGAAGUCCUCUUUCAUUAUGGAGAUACCAGCGAGCCAAUUCCGGUAUUUUCUGUCGAUGAAAAACCACUAGAUGGGCCUUCCACUCUGACUAAUACUCUCACUUGCCCUAUCAAAUACAUAAGCAAGGUUCCCCCAUCACUUGUCAGUGAUAACCUUUGCUUUAUUUGUGACGGUGAUGAAGUGACUGUAGACGAUAUCUUGAUGGAAUCGCAGUGGUGGAAACAGACUAGUAAUAGCACAAGGUUCUACUCGUCAGACAAUCUGACCACUUUUCAUCAGGUGACGCUAUUAACCUGUCGAGGUGAAAUGCGAGGCGCCUACAGGUCACGAUCGCGAGGAGGAGGCAUUGCCAAGGUUUCUCUGCAUAAGGUCUUCCGAGUUUCCCGAUACUUCAGCUCUUGGAAGACUUGUCCUGGUUUUCAUCGCAUUGUGUCCGUCAUUAGCCCGGUGACUGAAGGAGGAGAAAAAAGCUACAACUUCAAGAAAAGAAUUUUCAUUCAAUAUUUUUGGCGAGACGAGAAGCCUCAAGAUCGUGCUAUAGUAACCAAGGAAUACAUCGACUUUCGAAUGAGACAAUCUGCAUCACCGCGAUCGAGUCUAGCACCACCAGCAACAUCUAUUGUGUCAAAAAGCUCAUAUCCAUGGCGAACGCACCGCGAUUCCUUGGGUAACGUUUCUCCCAACUCGAUUAGUCGCUCAAGAGCUUCGGUAAAGUUUCGAGCUAUUGCGAAGACACUGUCGCUGAGAGCAUGGAGCCGUCGUCAAAGCACUACCGCUUCAAUAAUGUCAAAUCACUUGAGGACAGAUAACAAAAGCGGACCAAGCAACAUCAGCUUCUCAUAACUUUGAGCUUCGUCAGACAUUGUGGAGAGCGUGUGAAGUUCAAAUAACGUUGCAUGCCG